UUGUUGGUCUGUGUUUGUGUGUUUACAAAAAAUGUAGAACGAAGUAACAAACAAUAUUAGAUAGAACAUCAAGCAAGUGUAAUCUAAGUAAUCAUACAAAUCUAAACAUCAAAAUAAUCUUUCUGUGCGUGUCAUUGUAGAGUCAUGUUGAGCCCACUACGUUCAGCAGUAAGACAAGAGAGAUGUAGAUUUGCAUCAUCAGUUGCCAAAGACACUGCUGCUACAUUCUAUUACAACAGGAACCCAAGAAAUCUUGAGAAGUUAAGGAUAGCUCUGAAACCACAAGGGUUCCACUUGGAUAAACCUGGGAAAUCAUAUUGGAACAAAUUAGUCCUCAAGUACAAUCGGAGUGCCCGCAGUGUGACAGGAGAAGUUGUCCACAACUCCGGGCAUGUAGCUGUUUCUGCUUCCACCAAUGAAUGGGCACUUUGUAAACAGUUUAUACAGACAAACGAUACAUCGGCACAUGUAAAUUUGGCUCGAGUGUUGGCACAGCGAUGUCUAGAGACUGGCAUUUCAGAAGUUGCCUGUUUUAUUGAGCGGAAAUCAGACACAAAGGUUGAUGCUUUUCUAACAGAGAUGGAAAAAGAGGGGAUAAGUUUAAGUGAGCCAGAACAGUAUGAACAUCCCAAACCCUCAGAUCCCUUCAGACCGGAGAAACCUUGGGAAGUGUAUUGAUUGUGUUGUCUGUGUUAUUUAGUUGUAAAAUAAAUAGAUUUAUUAUUUGUGAA